GUCCGACGGUGUGAAUCCAGAGCAUGGCCCCUGGGGGUCGCGCCAUGCUUGCGGAUUGCUCCUUGGGACCAGGGCAAUAAGCGCCCACUAGCUAGCGCCCUGCGGCGGGACGUAUGGAGCGCUACCAUGUUUUGCACUGUAUAGGCCAAGGAUGCUUCGGCAAGGUCUUCAAGGGACGACUCCGGCAUACUGGCAAAAUCGUGGCGAUGAAGUUUAUUUCCAAGCGCGGCAAAGCAGAGAAGGACCAAGAGAACUUGCGGCACGAGAUUCGGAUCCUGCAAAGGUUGGAUCACGAGAACAUCAUCCGGCUGCUGGACUGGUUCGAGACGGAGAGCGACUUUGUGGUGGUUACGCAAUUCGCUUAUGGUGAGCUCUUCGAGAUCUUUCAGGACGACAAGCGCCUGCCGGAAGCUGAAGUCCGCAACAUCGCGCGGCAGCUGGUGAAGGCUUUGAACUACCUCCACUCGCAGAAGGUCAUCCACAGGGAUAUGAAGCCGCAGAACGUCUUGGUGAGCUCCAAGGGUCAGGUGAAGCUCUGCGACUUCGGCUUCGCGCGGGCGAUGAGCGCAGACACCGCGGUGCUCACCUCCAUCAAAGGCACGCCCUUGUACAUGGCUCCGGAGCUGGUCCAGGAGCGGCCCUACGAUCAGAGCGUGGAUUUGUGGUCGCUGGGGGUGAUUUGCUAUGAGCUCUUCGUGGGCGAGCCGCCCUUCUAUACGAACUCCCUGAUCUCGUUGAUCCAGCUGAUUGUGCGGAAGACGGUGAGCUAUCCAGACUCCAUGUCUCCGGCCUUCCGCUCCUUCUUGCAGGGCCUGCUGCAGAAGGAUCCCAGGCGGCGCCUGGGCUGGCCAGAGCUGCUGACGCACCCCUUCGUGAGGGAGGACUCGCCGACGCGUUCGCCGAGCCAGCCGAAGCACUCGUCGCCGCUGACGCCCCCGCCCCCGCCCCAGGCGCGGCCGGCGCGGGCCCUGGAAAAGGAGCUGAAGGAGGUGAAGGAAGUGAAGGAGGUGAAGGAGGUGAAGGAGGUUAAGGAGGUGAAGGAGUCUCCAUCCGCCUACCCUGCGCGGCCACUGAGCGCCCCCACUCUCCAGCCACCGGCGCGGCCGACGAGGUGGGACGCCACGGCGCGCGAGGCCAAGGAAGCGCGGGAGGCCAAGGAGGCCAAGGAGGCCAAGGAGGCCAAAGAGGCCAAGGAGGCCAAUGCCAAGGAGGCGAAGUUGAAGGCGGAGGCACGCCGGGUCCUGGAGCCCUUGCUGCCCUUUCUGGCGGAGGAGCUGAAGCGGGAAGAGGACCAUAAGGACCCGUCGCGGAAACCUUUGGACGGCGUGGUGGCGAAGGCGGCGCAGCAGCCGUCCACUGCCAAGGGCCCAGCGCCCUUCGCCAAGAUGCUGCUGAGCGCCGCCUUUCAAGAGCCGGAGGCGGUCUUGGGCGUGCUGGGGCCCAGGGCAAUCAUUCAGUUUCUGGACAUCUUCGUGGCCUGCCAGGACUUCCUGGAGCCCUCGGAAGCGGCGCUGAGAUGCGCCCUGAAGGCGCUGUCAGCCCUGCAGUCGAUCGGCAAGUCUGACGAGAAGCCGCGCGCCAUGCAGGCUGCGCUCACGUUGGUGCUGCAGCUUUUCGAGCCUUUGAGCGAUGGAGGCGAGUCUUUGGUGGCGGAGUUCCAGCGGAACCGCACCGUGGCCACAGUGCUGCAAUUCCUGUCCAGCGUGCCGGUGAAGCAAGGUGAUGUGUGGUGGCCUUGCUUGUGCUCAUCUCUGCAUCUUCUUACGGUGCUUGUGCUGGAUCACCACCUUUUGGCCUUCGAAUUUGUGCAGCACGAAGGCCUUCAGAUGAUCAAGGCGAAGCAGCUGAUGUCUCUUGAGAUGGUGGCCUUUGAGGAGGGUGCGGUGGCUGUCACGGAUGUCUUAGUGAUCCUUUCGCAGCUGGCUCGGCUGUCCCCGGACUACUACCCGCUGCUCCGCAGCCUGGACCUUUGCCCAACGCUGCGGAAGCUGCUGAGCUGUGGCAACCCCGCGGUGCGCGCCAAGUCCUGCAGCGCUGUGGGCAACAUGGUUCGUCACUCCGACGCCUUCUACGAGGCCAUGCUCAAGGCAGGGGUCAUCAAGCAGCUGGUGCAGCUCUGCAACGACUCCGACGGCGCGUGCCGGAAGUUUGCCUCCUUCGCGCUAGGGAACUCGGCCUUCCACUCGGACGUCCUCUACAAGGACUUGGCCGUUGCGGUUCCGCAGCUCCUGCGAUUGCUGGAGGACCCGGAGGAGAAGACCAGGGCCAACGCUGCUGGGGCGAUCGGGAACCUGGUGAGGAAUUCGAGCGAGCUUUGCCCUGUGAUGAUCUGCGAAGGUGCCCUUGAAGGCCUUUGCAACCUCGUGCGGCUCCGCGUCCCAAAGAGCGACGAGGAGGUGGCAAAGUUCGGCUCCGACUCUUCGGUUAAGAUUGCCCUGUUCUCACUGGGCAACCUGGCAGUGCAUGCAGAAUGCCGGACUUCCUUGAGAUCCUUGACGCAGGUGGUGCCUUUGUGUCAAUAUCUCGUCGAGUUGUGCAGCCGCGAGACCGUGGUGCACAAGUAUGCGCAGCGCUUGUUGCAGAAGCUGGGGGUCUGAGACAGCGCGAGGGGAAA